GAUGGUUGGUAUUCGUCGACUCCCUGGGCCAAAGAAUCCUGCCGAAAUGACCUACUAUGCCCAACUGAACGGUGCCCCCAUAACUGGCACCACUGCAGCCAAGACUCUCAGUACCUUGGAUUCCCAAACCAUGGCUCUAACCCUGGGCUACUUUAUCCAGCUCCAAGCCGAUCCUGUGGUAAAGGUCCCGCCUGCCAAUCUGUGGAUCAUGGCCGUGCUGACGCCUGUUGCCCUGGUGAUGGUUGUUGUUGUCAUGGUCACCGCCAUCCUGUGCAAGAGGAACAGGGUCAUCUUCAAAACGGGCGCUUUCAGGAGCUUCAAAACACGCUCUAAGACGUCCUAUCGGAGGGAGGGCAGUUAUCACCACCAGCCUGUGCAGGGAUUUGACUAUGCCAAGAAGCAUAUGGGCCAUCAGCAAGGUGAGGAGACCAUCUCUGUUACCAAGGAGACGCUGGUCCUGGGCCUCCCGGUGAGAGAUGCCCCGUUGUCAUUGGACAGGAAGGUGCACCAGGAUGGGACCGCUUCUAAAAGACCCCCUUCUGRUGACAUCAUCCACAAAGGGUUGCCAAGCGAGGACGGCUCGGUUACAAGCAACGAAUCCGGGAAACUCAACACGGGCAAGAGCUCGAUGGUACGGAGGCCUGCGGCACAGAACAGCGCCAAGGAGGAUCUACUACACAAGAGGAACGGUGAGAGCGAGGAGGCCAUACUCCAGCUACUGUACUGCUGCUUGUCCCUACUGCUGCCCACCACAAUAUUGUGUCCUCACACAGGCUUGAUACACUAUACGGCCAUUAGAGGGAACUAA